AUGGGGAAAAGCUGUUCCAGGGGAAGUGCCUACUUUCCCACUUUGACCACGUUGACGUUCGACAAGAAGCGGCUCGUGUGUCAGGCGCUUCUAUUGCUGCGGUUUUCGAUCGCCGGAAACGCAAAUGAUGCGCUUGUUGUCAAGUUCAAAGCGAAACGACGCGCAGGCGAGACACGAUGCGACGACGUUCAUUAUUGCGAGCGAAAUAAGCACGUUUUCAGUCGCAUUCAGAUGGCCACCGACCCAGAAGGAAAAGUGGCGCAGGAGGUCGCUUUAGAACCCGAUGGUCGGCCUGUCCCGUCGCUUGCACGGAAGUCCGAGCGGAAAAGUCUGCGGAGCAUCUACCCUAUUCGCUGA